GCAGCCCAGCGCUCAAGAUAUUUCGUUAGAUUUUCUCAAAAAGUGCGCGCGCAGGCAGGAACUGAACUACGUUUCGUAGCGGAUUUGUUGAACGUUUUUUUUUUUCAUCUUGUAAAUUUAAGUUUAGUUAUCCUGACCAGGGAGAAAAGUGGAAUCAGUGAAUCAAGUUGACUCAAAAGGUGUCCUCAAGUUGGUACCAGUGAUUGUAAAGAGAUGGGUUCAGUUCCAGUCAGCCUCAGCGCGUUGGCGUUGAUCCUAGCGUUCGUCAGCACGUCGCACGCAGCUUUAGCGAGGACUGCGUUUGAAAAAUUAACGGAUUACGACUACAGAGGUGUAACGUACUACACGGUGAGGAAUCUGUCGCUGUACGAAUGCCAAGGAUGGUGUCGGGAGGAAGUCGAAUGCCAGGCGUUCGCAUUUUCCUUCGUGCCUAAUCCCUUGGCGCCCACGCAGGACACAGUAUGUCAGCUUCAGAAUGAAACAGCCGCCUCGAAUCCCAGUGUUCAACCGCAAAGGGCAGCGAAUAUGUACUACAUGGUCAAACUGCAGCUCAGAUCAGAGAACGUCUGUCUUCGGCCUUGGUCCUUCGAGCGCAUCCCAAACAAAAUGAUUCGAGGCCUGGACAACGCCCUGAUCUACACUUCGACGAAGGAUGCAUGCCUAGCCGCCUGCCUCAACGAACACCGUUUCGCUUGCCGCUCCGUCGAAUACAAUUACUUCUCUCUCCAGUGUCACCUAAGCGAUUCGGACAGGCGAACAACCGGGCAAUAUGUCCAGUUCGUCGAUGCUCAAGGCAUUGAUUAUUUCGAAAACUUGUGCUUGAAAGGUAAGGAGGCAUGCAAGACUCAGAGGAUAUUCCAGACGCCACGCAUCGGUGUCGCCGAUGACAAAGUUGCUCAGUAUGCCGGACUCCACUACUACACAGACAAAGAGCUCCAGGUUCAGAGUGAAUCAGCUUGCAGAUUGGCUUGUGAAAUAGAAAACGAAUUCCUGUGCAGGUCAUUCCUCUAUCGUGGCCCCCCUCAGGGUGCAUCAUACAAUUGUCAAUUGUUCCACCUCGACCAUUUCACACUGCCUGAUGGACCCUCGACAUAUUUGAAUGCCGAGAGGCCUCUUAUCGACAACGGGGAACGGGUUGGAUCCUACUUCGAGAACUUCUGCGAGAAGAGCCUUGGACCUCACGUAGAUCCUCUUCCCGUAGUUUUCGACAGCACCGAGGAUCCGACCAUUAACAAUUUAACCCGGACCGACGUUAAUUGCGACAAAACUGGAACUUGUUACGACGUUUCCGUGGACUGCAAGGACACGCGAAUCGCUGUUCAAGUUCGUACAAACAAACCUUUCAACGGGCGUAUUUACGCGUUGGGUCGUUCGGAAACGUGCAAUAUCGAUGUAUUGAACAGCGAUUUGUUUAGACUUGAUUUAACGAUGAGCGGGCAGGAUUGCAAUACUCAGAGUGUGCGUGACGGUUUUCAGACGGGAAUGUACUCGAACACAGUUGUGCUGCAACAUCACUCGGUGGUAAUGACAAAGGCAGACAAGAUCUACAAAGUGAAAUGCACCUACGACAUGUCAUCGAAGAACAUAACAUUUGGGAUGAUGCCGAUCAGAGACCCGGAAAUGAUCAGCAUAACUAGCGCCCCGGAAGCUCCUCCACCAAGGAUUCGUAUUUUGGACAGCAGAUCGAGGGAAGUUGAAACGGUGCGCAUUGGGGACAAGCUUACGUUCAGAAUUGAAAUUCCAGACGAUACUCCAUACGGGAUCUUUGCACGUAGCUGCGUUGCCAUGGCCAAAGAUUCUAAAAGUACCUUCCAAAUCAUCGAUGACGAAGGAUGUCCAGUGGACCCUUUGAUCUUCCCCAGCUUUACUACAGACGGGAAUGCGCUGCAGUCCAUCUACGAAGCAUUUAGAUUUACCGAAUCUUACGGCGUGAUAUUCCAGUGUAACGUUAAAUAUUGCCUGGGACCUUGCGAGCCGGCUGUCUGCGAAUGGGGCCGUGAAUCGGUGGAAUCAUGGGGCAAAAGGCGCAGGAGAAGCGUUGCUAAUUCCACCGAAGCGAAGGGCGAAGAUAUGACUUUGUCUCAGGAAAUUCUCGUGUUGGACUUUGGCGAUGAAAAGCAAUCUGAGUUCUUGCGUAACGAUGCGAGCAUAGAUUUCAACGAAGCAGAAAAAACAGUGACCAUCAUAGAGCCUUGUCCAACGAAAACAUCGGUACUUACACUCGGCGUAACCUGUGCUCUGUUGGUUUUGAUCUACAUAGCAACAAUAUUCUCUUACUAUAUGAAGAAGUGGUUGACGCCUCGCAAAAUGGUGGCAUGAAAUCAACGUUGACGCAUGUGGCUCACAACGAGCAGAUUAUGAAAUACGAUAGCUCGUGACAUAUCUUUGAAAAAGGGUCGGCAAGAUACUCAAAAGGUAAUUCAUUUACGGAAACAUUAGGAUUGAUGGUUCUAUAAAGAUUUAAUCCACAAUACACUUUCAUAUCAAUAAUAAUACUAAUUAUAUAAUAAUAUCGUACUUGUUUAAGACAUAUUAGACAUUUUGCACUAAGUAUCAUCUUUUAGCUACUUUUGAUUGGGUUGCAAACAUUUAGUGGAAUCCAAUAUGUUUCCAUCCAAUAACGGAUAAUCUCAUAUUGUAGUAAGCAUCAACAGAUAUUCGAUUCUCAAACAGAGAACAGGAAAAAAAAAUCAACACGAGGCAACAAUUAAGUUUCUCAUACUCAUACCUGAGACUCGUACGAUUUUUUUCUGAAAAUGAUCGAUUGAAUGAUUUGUAAACUCAUAUCAAGACUAGUAAUAUUUAAUGGCUCGCUCCUAAUUAAUUGUACUUAUAAUUUUAAGUCUAUGAAAGAACAACGGUAAUUAGCAUAAGGAACAAUAGAGUUUGUAAGUUUUCUCAGAAGCAUAAUAGAACAACGUACAUACCAAGUGUACUACUGUAAGUGGCUCGAACAUGAAUUAUAUCUUCGUAUCUUAUACCGUUUCAAACGCGGAAAUACAUGUAGGGUAUUCAUCAUAAUGUCAGGUUUCUUUUUUCAUGUCAAUGUAGUACUGAAAACUGCCUAAACUAAUUGUGCUGAAUUCGGACUCCCAGUACAGGCAGGUAAACCUUACGCAUAUACGGCAUACUAACUUUUUGGUAAGAAUUGUUAAAACUGAUUUGAAUUAAGCUUGAAAUCCGUUUGAAUGAACGACAUUAUUGAUACGAAUAUAAAACAAAUCAAUUCUCACCAAAAACAUAGUACAUUGGGUAAAAAUUGUGAUUUAUUGGUUACGGUGCUCACUGUUUGAUGAAAGAUAUUUUUAUACAUUAUCUGACUGUAAGAAUCAAUUCUUCGAAUUAUAAAAAAAAGUGUAUAUAUUAUAAUUGUUCAAUCAAUAGACAUUUACUUAAACAUAAAUUUUACACGUAUUUGUACGGUAUUUAUACACAUGUUUUAUUAAUUAAACGAGACAAAAUUCCAUUAA